AUGGCUGAUUAUCGCCAACCGAAUCUCGACGGAGAUGGUGCGAGUGACUGUUCGUCUUUCCAGAAAACGGUGAUACUGAGCGAUUGGUGGUUGAUCAAAUGUCCAAAUGAAUUCGAGGGAAAACGAUUUGGUGUUUCUGGAACCGAAAUUGCAGCUUCCGUCGAGUCACGAGCAAAGCGUGUGUUUACAUCUUCCCCAAUCAUCAAAGCCUUUGAUGUUUUCACAAUCCAAGCGUCUGAUGGAAUCUGCAUCACCCUCCGAGGAUUUCUUAACAAAGACCGCCUUGUUAAAAGUGGAUUCCUCGCUGAGAUUUCCCGUGAAUUCAUCUUCGGUUUUCCUCCUUCCUGGGAACAAAUCUGUAACAGUUGCUUUAGAGAUAUCAAGACCAUCUCUCCGAUAAGCCAUAAAGCUUCGUUGCCCAUUUUAUCACCAUGUAAGAACACGAAAGGGAAUCUACAGGAUAGUCCAGCCGAGAGCAGAGAUAAAAGCACUGUCACUGAGAAGAACAUGGCAGAGAUCAAUGAUAAAGAUAAUGGCCGCAGUGGCGGAGAUAAAAAAACUGCGAGGAGGAAGUCACUUCGUCUGCAGUCAAGUUCUGGUCACAAAAGUAAACUCGAAUCGAGUAAAGUCCAGAAUGGUACUAGUGAUGGUAGUGAAGGUUUGGAUAAGGGUAAGAGCCGUGAUGUAGAGAAUGAUGAUUGUGAGACUAUCGAUAUUGAAGACAUAGGAAGGAAACUCGAUGAAGCUAUCAAUACUGAUGAUGGAGAUCAUGGAAGUGAGGGUUUGGAUAAGGCUAUCAGUAUUGAAGUGAUACCGCCAGCGGAUGGAUGUGCAGAUAAUGUUGACCAUGUGACAAGUACGAGUGCUACAGGAGAAUCACGGACUUCAGAACAGCGUCAACUUAAGGUAACAAGAGCAUCUCCAAGUUCAACGUUGAAAGACUUAGACAAGAGUAGCAAGCCUGGAAAGAAAGGAAAAUCAAAGAAAAGUGGCAAGACCCUCAAAAAUGCAGUACAACCUAUGAAUUACUCGAGGUCCAAAGUUAAAGAAGCUGUAGAGACUUUGUCAGUGGAAAAAACGAAGAGGAAGAUUGACUUUGAUGUGGAGGUAACACCGGAUAGAGAAGAGAAGAUGCAGAAGACCAUUACGGUGUCUACUGAUUCAGUAGGACAGAAACGGUCUAGAUCAGGAAGGGUGCUUGUGUCACCACUGGAGUUUUGGCGCGACCAAAUCCCUGUUUAUGAUGUGGAUCGGAAUCUUACCCAAGUAAAGGAAGGUCAUGAGACUAACUCCACUUCAUCAAAAGGAAGAAAGUCAAUCGGAUUCUCGGAAGGCAAGAAGAUGAAAAUCAAAUAA